AUGGCCAUCCCCAUUACCGUCUUUACUGGCUUUCUCGGCGCAGGAAAGACGUCGGUCAUUCUUUCGCUACUACCCAAACUACCCAAGGACUAUAAGGUGGUACUGCUGAAGAAUGAAUUUGGGGAUGUGGAAGUUGACAGUAAACUCGCACAAGAGUCCAGUCUCACGGCGGUUAGUGAGAUCCUCAAUGGUUGCAUGUGUUGUGUUCUUGUUGGACAAAUGCAGAAUGCGUUAAUUGAGAUACGGGAUAAAUUCCAUCCAGAUCGCAUCAUCAUUGAAUGCUCAGGUUCUGCGUUUCCAGCUACGCUUGCGUUUCAAAUACGUCAGUUAGAGCGCGACACGGAUGGGGAUUUCAAGCUCGACGCGAUCGUGACUGUUGUAGAUGCAGAGAACUUUUCGGGUUAUGAAGAUACAUCUCCGACCGCCAGGAUGCAGGCCAGUUACUCUGAUAUCAUUUUGAUUAACAAAUGGGAAAAUGUUUCCGAACGGGAGUUAGAUGUGGUCAUGGAUCAUUUAUAUACCCUGAACGACGCAACACCAAAGAUUCGGUGUCAAGGACGGAAUGGAGUGGAUCCCAAACUGCUAUUUGGAUUGGAAACAAAGCUAUUCACGAGUAUAGAGUCGUGUGACAUGGAAGACCAUCAUGAAGAGGUGGAGACGGUGAAUGUGGUCAGAGGGGAUGAAGACGGGGUAGAAGAGGAAGUGUUGGCAAAUGGACUGUCGAAAGUGUCGAAGGAGGUAGUGUGGCGGGUCAAGGGAUUUGUGCGACGAGUUGAUGGGUGGGUGAUUGUAAACUGGGCAUUUGGGCGAUGUGAGUUGAGAGGGUACGGUGGUCAGGAUUUGAGUGGCAGUGUGCGCUUGACUGUAAUGGGGGAGCGGGGAGAGGUGGCAAGGGCGGCCCGGAUAUUGGCAGGGGAACUUGGAGGUAGUGUCAUCACAUGA